AUGGAAAUCGCAGAAAUGCUCGAGCGUAGAAGGAUUGACAUCUGCUGCCUUCAGGAGACCCGAUGGAAAUCGAAUGGUGUUUGUCAUGUCAACUCAGGCAAAGAAAAAUAUAAACUAUUCUGGAAUGGUCAAAAACGGCCAAAAAUGGUGAUGAAAUUUUUGUCAGAUAACCGCUUGCCCAAGAAGUACUGGAUAUUAAAAGGAUUAAUUCACGUCUCAGGCGAUCUCAAUGGCCACGUUGGAGAGAAAACAGCGUACAUGGCGGUUUUGGCUAGGGAGAACAGAAUGAAGAUGGCAACCGCAUCCUUGAGUUUGCUGAAAGUCACGGGUUUUGUUUACUGA